AUGUCGAGGCGAAGACUGUUUACUCCAACUUCGAAUGGCAGUGGUAGUGUGUUUGGAAACUCAAAUUCAGGAAGGGUGCAUGAUAGGAAGUUCAAUGGGAGAUGUUUCUGUGGGUUGGUGGUGACGCUGUUACAGUCAGAGACGGCGAUGAAUCCUGGGAAGUGGUUCGUACGUUGUCCCAAUUGGAAGAAUUCGGACUGCAACUUCUUUGCAUGGGUAGAUGAAAUCGAAGGGCAAUGGGAGGGUUUGAGGAGAGCACUGUCAGAAAGAAAGAUGCAGGAAGACGCUGAUGAUGCUAAGGCUGAACUGAAGAUGCUCAUGAUGUUAGGGAGGUGUGAAGUUGAAGUUAGUAAAGUUAGGUUUUGGCUUGUGAUUAUGUCAAUGGUGGUGGUAUGUAAUGUUGUCUGCACUUUGUAUCUGAUUCUCAAUGGGUUUUGA